ACAGCAAAUUAUUUGUAGAGAAAACCAAAUUUUUAAUUAAUUUCUCGUGCAAUUAUUUUUUUGUAGUGUGAUUAGAAAAAAUCCAAACACUAAAAGAGGGGUUCAAAAUGGAGUGCGCGGCGAAGGGGAGCGGAACACGGUGCAUCGACGCCGCAACGAUACUCUGUGCACGCUGCGAAGCCGUUGCUUAUUGCUCUCUCUCUCAUCGGAUUGCGCAUUGGAGUCAUCACAAACAUGAGUGUGAUAGGUUACAGCUACAAAUGGAAAGUGUCGAUAUUCUCAAUAAUUUUCCUUUCACUUUCUCUCGCGAAUCCACAUUUCAGAUUUGUGUAAAACAAGAAACAAGGUGUUCAUUUUUGAGCAAGAGAAGCCUUCAUCAAGUGGGGAUGUGGAUGCAUGAAUGCCAAUGUGGAGGAUCAUCUGCUUCAUUUAAUCUUUUAGGGUUAAACAAUGGCUGGGAGCUCCCGAGUGUUUUGUGUCCUUGUCGUGGUCCUGACUCUUUGGUAUCAGAGCAGUUGUGUAGUUGGAGAGACUACUAUACGUGGAGGUGCAUGCCACUAGACUCACCUGUUGCUUUGCCUCUUCAGUGGCCACUUACAAUAUAUCACGCUGCUCAACUUGUUGGAAUUACAACCUCGAAUCUUGAAGGCGGUGAUAAGUUGAACAUUCAUUACCUUGGACCUGAGAAGGAGCUGCUACAACUGGCUGUGUUUGGAGAAUUACUUGCCCUCUUCCCUGGUGUACAUAUUCAUAUAGAACUCGUUGGACCUGCAAUUCCCACUCAAAGGGAUGGUGAAAAGAUCAGCAUUUCUAAGUACCCUUGUUGCAAUGAAGCCAAGUGUGUGUGCAAACUAGCGGGUGAAAAUGUGAGUAUGAAUUCUUCAUUGACAUUGCAGCUUUGGCGAGGAUUCUAUCAUGACAGAUACACAGAUAUUGUUAAGGAUUCCUUUCCUCACCUAAUUAUUGCUCCAAAUAGUGGCAUUGCUGUCUAUUCCAGUUGGUUGCCAAGUAUUGAGUUAAUCGAAAAGAUUGAUGUCCCAGCUGUUUUUACCGACUAUUGUGAGGAAGCUUGUCAUCUUGCAGCAAGUUGCAUAAAGACUGUAACUGGACGCCCUCUUAGAUUACCUGUUCAAUUAAAUCCUUUCAGGCAGCCUAUUGCCGUGGAAGACAGUGUGUUGUUGCUUCCCUGCUACUCAAAUUGCUUUCUUUUUGGUAUGUGAAGAAUAAUGCUCUGAAUGAAUUUCUUGAGCCACUAUAUAUUGGCCAGAACCAUGGAUAAUGCCUAAUUAUAUAACUAUGUUUCAUUCUACAAGAUAACUCAUAUUGAUCCAUUGUUCUUACCAGAAUACCACCUGUAAAACCAAGAAAUAGGUUAGUCCACGGUUGGCUCUUUUUGAAAGAGCCAUGUUAGAAAUGAAGCACCUUGCAACGGAAGCAAAUAAUUGCUUUAAUAAAAAACGAAUGAAUAAUAUAGGAAAAAGUAAUUGCAAGCUGUGUUUUACUGAAUCAAGACAACUUUUUCUCCCUAA